AUGGCUCCCACCGUGACUGCGCCACGCCAGGCUGGCACUGACGCUGGCCCUGAUGCCACCGCCGUCGCUCCCGGCUCGCCGCAGUCAUCCGCUGGCGCCUCAGCAGACAUGGCGCAACCCAUCCCUGAGCGAUGGGACGGCCUAGAUACCACCAUCCUUGGCGACCUCGCGCGCAGAGGCCUCAUGUCGACGCUCGACACCAUCAAAGAAGCAAAGACGCUCAUGCUCGACCCGUCCUUGGCAGGCCCCCUCGGUCUCGUCGCCGACGUAUCCGGCCUCAAGCAACACGGCGUGGAAAAGAUGUUCUGGCUCGAACCAGCAUCCGCCGCGUUUGUCUCCAAGACCGACACCGCCCACUCCCAGGCGCUCUCCAAGGCGGGCCUCAAGAGCGUCAAUGCUCCCACAAAGUCCGUCGUCUACAUCUGCCGUCCCGAGAUCAAGUGGAUGAAGGCUAUUGCAGAACAAGGAGACCUUCCUGACAAGGAUGCUCCCAACGAAGUCCCUUCCUCAAACAACACCGCCCUGCUUUACGCCUCCACGGGCGCGGAGUUCGAAGAUCUUGAACGGCAGCAGCUGACCUUGUCACCCCGUCGUCACGAUUACGUGCCCAAAGAGCACCUGCGCGCGGAUCGCAGCGUGCGUCCCACCUCGCCCCUGCAGCACACCUACACCAUCUCUUUUGUUCCGCACAGGACCGAGCCCUGUCUGCAGUUCCUCGAUCAAGAGGGCGUGCUUUCGGACGUCUCGCUACUUGACUUUGGUCUCGAGUUCGUACCACUCGAUCACGAUCUCAUCAGCCUCGAGGACGACGCUGCCUGGAAGAAGAUCUAUUGCGACGGCGACCACACGCCCAUCUUCCGCUCGGCACAGGCGCUCAUGACGCUUCAGCACGCCUACGGCCUCUUCCCACGCGUGCUGGGCAAAGGCGCUCUCGCACGUCGGCUCGCCGAUCUGCUCAUCCGGCAGAGGCGCGAGCACCUCGCCUCGGAUCCCUCCAACCCCGCGCUCACCACGCCGAGCCAGCUCGUCGACAGCCUCAUCAUCAUCGAUCGCUCCCUCGUCGACAGCCUCAUCAUCAUCGAUCGCUCCGUCGACUACGCCACACCGCUCUGCACCCAGCUCACCUAUGAAGGCCUCGUAGACGAGGUGGUCGGCAUCAGCAAUGGCCACGUCGAGGUCGACCCUGCCCUGCUCACGGGGCAGGCGCAGCCGCCCGGUGGAGGCAUGGGCGCACAGCCGCACGCAUCGGGCAGCGGUACGCCGCUGCAGAUGACGUCGACGCCCAAGAAGCGCAAGCACCGGUUGGACGCCUCGACCGACGUGCUCUUUGGCGAGAUCCGCGACCUCAACUUCGCCGUCGUUGGCGACCGGCUGCACCGCGCCGCCAAGCGGCUCAACCACGACUACGAGGGGCGCCACCAGGCCAAGACCGUGUCGCAGAUCCGCGCGUUUGUGGGCAAGCUGGGCGGGCUGCAGUCGGAGCACGCGUCGCUGCGGCUGCACACGGGCCUCACCGAGAAGAUCAUGGAGUGGACCGCGCGCGAGGAGUUCAACCGCAUGCUCGAGGUGCAGCAGAACUCGGUGGCGGGCCUCGAGCUCGGCGCGCAGUACGCGGCGAUCGAAGACAUGAUCAACGAGGAGCGCGACCUGCUCGGUGUGCUGCGGCUGCUGUGCCUCACGAGCGUCGUCGGACACGGCAGCUCGGCGGGUGGGAUCAAGCCCAAGAACCUCGAGUUUGUCAAGCGCGAGAUUCUGCAGACGUACGGCUACCAGUAUCUUCCGCUGCUGCUGGCGCUGCAGAAGGUGGGUCUGCUCACGCGGGCUGCGCCCGGCGCGGCGGAUGCGGGUGGCGGCGUCGCAGCUGGCUUUGGCGCGCUCACGAGCGUCGUGGGCGGCGGAUCGUCGGCGGCGGGUGGCGCGGCAGCCGGCGAUGGGAAGGACGAAGGCGGACGCGGCGGCUUUGCGUCGGUGCGCCGAAGUCUGCGCCUGAUCAACGACGAUGUGGACGAGCGUGCGCCGAGCGACAUUUCGUACGUCUACUCUGGGUAUGCGCCGCUGUCGGUGCGUCUGGUGCAGGCGGUGGCGCAGAAGGAGGCGCUGCUGGACGCCGGGCGUGCGGCCAGUACGGCGCUGCGACCGGGCGGACGGAGUGUGAAGCCGCGCGCGCAUCCGAUCGUGGGCUGGCGCGGCUUUGAGGAUGUGGUGGGGCAGCUUCCCGGACCGACGUUUGACGAGGUGCAGUCUGGAGCCGCGGGGCUCGGCGGUAGCGACACAUCGACGACAGGUGCGGCGGCGACGAUGCCGUCGGAUCCGGACCAGGUGACGACGACGCUGGUGUUCUUCCUGGGCGGAGUGACGCAUACGGAGCUGGCGGCGCUGCGGUUCAUGAACGGCCAGACGCGCAACCGGCGCUUUGUGGUGGCUACCACCAACACCAUCAACGGCAACGAGCUCAUCCGCAGCCUGAGUUCGGUGCCGCUCUAA